AUGGGCGCCUCAGAACAUGUUGACCUUCGGGCUCCCUUCAUCCAGGACACUCUGUUGGAGGUCCGAACAAGUACCAUGAAGAAGAUGCCGGGUUUGCAGAUCCAGUCGGGCAUAGACAAAAACCUGCGCGAAGGACCCAUACGCGUCUCAUUCCUGGGUCUCGAGGAUGACGAGCACGACCCGACAUUUCAUGGAGGGGUAGAUAAGGCGAUCCACGGAUAUUGUUCGUCGCAUUACCCUGGAUGGCAGAGCGAAUUUCCUACGGCGGCGGACCGCUUCAAGCCGGGCGGUUUCGGCGAGAACUUCGUCACCAAAUACAUGAACGAGCGCAACGUCUGCAUCGGCGACGUCAUCGCUGUCGGCGACGAGGUCGUGCUCCAGGUCAGCUUGCCUCGACAGCCGUGCUUCAAGCUGAACCACCGGUUCCAAUUGAAGAAUUUCGCGCCGAACACAUACAAGACGAGCAGGACGGGCUGGUAUUACCGAGUCUUGAAGGAAGGCACCGUGAAGGCAGGGGACGAGAUCCGACUUGUCGAACGAAAAUGGCCCAAUUGGACGAUCGAGAGAGUGCAAGAGUUCCUGCAUAGGAAUCAAAAUGAUUUGGCUAUGAACAAGGAAUUGGCGGAGAUUGAAGAUAUGGGCAAGGAGAGCCGUGGUGCCUUCCAGCGACGGGUAGCCAAGGCAGAGGCGCAGGCAAAGAAGGCCAAGGAGAAGGGCGAUGUCUGGCGCGAUUAUAAGAUCGUCGAGAAGACGAAGCAAACCUCCCGGGUUGCUUCUAUCACUCUAGAGGCCAUGAAUCCGCCUGUCGAAACAGUGGAUCAAAUAGAGGGCGCUCACACAAAGAUCAAGCUGCCGAACGGACUUCUGCGGUCCUAUUCCAUCGUCUCGGGAAACCCCGACAAGCUCGAGCUUGGUAUCGCACUCGAGAACAACAGCCGCGGCGGUUCCCGUUGGUUCCACGAAUUCGCCAAGGUCGGCGACGUCGUUCAGGUUGGAAGGAUCACCACCGACGUGCAGGUAGCCAGCGCCUCGAGCAAUCACGUCUUCAUCGUCGGUGGCAUCGGUAUCACCGCCUUCCUAUCUCUCAUGGAGGCCUACCACCAGGUUCAUUACAACUUUGAGCUGCACUAUGGCGUCCGUUCCGGGGACGACGUGCCAUUUCGAGCACGCCUUGAGCCAUUUGGCCGAAGCGCUAGGCUUUACGACAGCUCCAAGGGGGAGAGGAUGGACAUUAGCGAAAUCAUGAAGACGCUGAAGUGGAACAGCCACGUAUAUGCUUGCGGGCCAGCGCGGAUGAUGGAGGCAGUGAGAAAGGCGGCGGACGAUUGUGGCCUCGAUGCAACUGACGUGCAUUAUGAAGCCUUCGCCGCCGACACGACCGGCGAUCCGUUCGAAGUGGAGGUUGCGAAUCGGGACGGCAAGGUGCUUCAGGUAGGUGAGGAGGAAACAUUACUUGAGGUUAUCAAGCGUGAGAUUGGAGAUCUGGAAAGUAGCUGCGAGGUUGGCAACUGCGGGACAUGUAAGGUGGUGCUCAAGAAUGGUUGUGUCGAUCACAGAGGCACGGCGUUGUCUCCUGAAGAGAAAGCAGACUCCAUGUUGAGUUGCGUGAGCCGUGGCAUUGGAAGGAUAGCAAUUGAAAUAUGA